GCAGCUCGAGGGAUUGUCAGUUCAAGCGGUACAGUGAUCCCGUUCGUUAUGUCCUGUGCAAAAAUUUUCAAUCUUUUGUCUCAGGCUCUCCGAGGAAGAAAACUCCUCAGCGUCGACUACUACGACACCUUCAUGCCAUUUUUGAGUAGGAUCAAUGCGCAAGAAGGGAUCCAGUCGUACGCGUCUCGUUCCAUCUUCUUUUUAACUAAGCAGGGCUUCCUUAAACCAGUUGCCAUAGAGCUAAGCUUGCCACCACAAACUCCGGACACAAGUAGUCACAGGGUGUUUGUGCCACCCUUGUCUGCCGAGAAAAAAGACUGGUUAUGGGAUCUUGCUAAAGCACACGCAGCUUGCAACGAUGCAACGUACCAUCAAGUCGUAAGCCACUGGACAUAUACACACGCGGUGUUAGAACCUUUCAUACUGGCGGCUCGUCGACAUCUGAGCACCAUGCACCCUCUGCAUCUCUUGCUGGAUCCACAUUUCAAGGACACGCUGGCGAUGAAUGCAUUGGCAAGAAAGACGCUUACGAGCGCGGGUGGUGUCAUUGAAAAGAGCUUCUCGCCAGGAAAGUACUCGUUUGAGAUGUCUUCGGCCGCAUACGACUCCUGGAGUUUUGACGAUCAAAGCCUGCCAGCUGAUUUGAUCAAGAGGGGCAUGGCUGUGCCGGACGAGAAAGAAAAGCACGGACUUAAGCUGACCAUCGAGGACUAUCCGUAUGCUAUCGACGGACUGGAGAUUUGGAGCGCUAUAAGACGCUGGGUGCACGAGUUUAUAAACAUUUUCUACAAGAGCGAUGCAGCUCUCCAGGCAGAUAACGAGCUCCAGAAAUGGUGGAGCGAGGUGAGAAGCACCGGGCAUGGAGACAAGAGCCACGAGAAAUGGAUCUCUGGCGUAGACUCUAAGGCCAACUUGGAAAACCUCCUCACAACUUUGAUCUGGACAGCCUCGGGUCGCCAUGCAGCAGUAAACUAUGGACAGUACGCUUACCAAGGAUUUCUCCCAAAUCACCCCUCCAAGACACACAGGCUCAUACCGCAAGAAGGGACCAAAGAACACGCAGAGAUGCGAGAAAACCCCGAGAGAUUUUUUCUCAGUGUGAUCCCGACCAAGGCCGAGACUGCCAUGCUCCUCACAACACUGGAAGUUCUCUCGACACAUCCAGAGGAGGAGGAAUACCUGGGACAGCGCCCAGGCGACGAGCACUGGACGAGCAACCCCGAAAUCCUGGCGGCAUUCCACGCAUUCUCGCGCAGCAUCGCGGAGAUUGAGAGCGGGAUUGAGCAACGCAACAGCGAUCCACAGCUCAAGAACAGGAGAGGACCAGCGAAUGUACCUUACACGCUCCUGUGCCCGCGAUCCGGCGCCGGCAUCACGGGGAGAGGGAUCCCAAACAGCAUCACGAUCUAG